CACCGGCCACCAUCAUGCUCCUUCCCUCCUUUCACUGAUCCAAAAAUUCCACGCGCCAUUCUCUCCAGACGAUUCGUUUUCUACUUCCAAUUCCAAACCUGUUAGAAUCCACACCUCUUCUCUUCUCUCUAUCAAUUUUAGGGAGAGAAAGAGAGAGGGUGUACGAAAUUUUUGGGUGUGUAAUGUAAGGUGAGAUUUGCAAUGCACGCGUACAAUCGGCUACCGAGCAGUGGACAUAACAGCCCGUCAUCACCGCCGUCGCCGCUCCUGUCUCCCAGGCUCCGCCACGGCCGGUCUAAAGCUGGCCGGUUCACUCCCGGUCCGGCCCCCAAAAGCCUAGCCCAACGCGUCGCUUGGGUCCUAUUAUCUGUCCUCCUCCGAAGACAAGGCAUAUUUCUCUUUGCUCCGCUUUUGUACAUCUCCGGAAUGCUGUUCUACAUGGGAACGAUGUCGUUUGAUGUGGUGCCGAUCAUUACUCACCGUCCGGCUCCGGGGUCAGUUUAUCGGAGUCCUCAGCUUUACUCGAAGCUCCGGCCCGAGAUGGAUUCGGCUAACUCGUCUGCCGAUGCGAUAUCAACCGUAUGGAAACACUCUUAUAAAGGGGGUCAUUGGAGACCAUGUACAAACAAGUUUUCAGGAGUGUCUGGGAAGCUAAAUCUGUUUAUAAAGGCCAUGGAAGAUGGUUUUAGGAAUUCUUGCAAAGUUCAAGAUCGUCAUGUGGUGUUACUGAAAUUUAGUCGUGAUGAUGGUGAAGAUUUGAUUGCCUCCAAUGUUGACAAUGAUGAUGGCAACAAUUGUAGUAUGGUAGUUAAGUCUGACGAUGAGUUUGAAUAUGGCCUACCCGAGUCAAAUGGGUAUAUACUUGUUGAGGCAAAUGGUGGCUUGAAUCAGCAGAGGACAUCGAUAUGCAAUGCGGUUGCUGUUGCGGGUUAUCUGAAUGCAACGCUUGUAAUUCCCCAUUUUCAUUAUCAUAGCAUUUGGAGAGAUCCUAGCAAAUUCGGAGAUAUUUAUGAUGAUGAUUAUUUUGUUAGAUCCUUGAAAAAUUAUGUGUGGGUGGUUGACAAGAUCCCUGAGUAUAUAAUGGAACGUUUUGACUUUAAUGUGAGUAAUGUAUACAACUUUCGAGUAAAAGCUUGGGCAUCCAUCCAAUUCUACAGGGAUACGGUUCUUCCGAAGCUACUUGAAGAAAAGGUCAUACGAUUUUCUCCUUUUGCAAACCGAUUGUCAUUUGAUGCUCCUCCAGUCGUUCAACGGCUAAGGUGCUUAGCAAAUUAUGAAGCUUUACGUUUCUCAAGCCCCCUUUUAACUAUGGGUGAUACUUUGGUAGCAAGAAUGAAAGAACGAAGUUCAAAUAAUAGCGGCAAGUACAUUUCAGUGCAUCUUCGCUUUGAGGAGGAUAUGGUUGCUUUCUCUUGCUGUAUAUAUGAUGGAGGAGAGAAAGAAAAAAAGGACAUGGAGGCUGCAAGGGAGAGAGGUUGGAAGGGAAAAUUUACGAAACCUGGUAGGGUUAUCCGUCCUGGAUCAAUCAGAGUCAAUGGGAAAUGUCCUUUAACACCUGUAGAGGUUGGUUUGAUGCUGAGAGGAAUGGGGUUCGAUAAAAGCACAUCCAUCUAUUUAGCAUCUGGAAUGAUAUACGACUCUGAGAGAUAUAUGGCUCCACUAGUUGAAAUGUUUCCCCUUUUACAAACAAAAGAGAUGCUGGCAUCACCGGAGGAGUUAGCUCCUUUUAAGAACUACUCUUCCAGGAUGGCUGCCAUAGACUACACUGUUUGUCUUCAUAGUGAAGUAUUUGUGACAACUCAAGGUGGAAACUUCCCUCAUUUUUUGUUGGGCCACAGAAGAUAUAUGUACGGUGGACACUCAAAAACCAUCAGGCCUGACAAGCGAAAGCUAGCUGUAAUAUUUGCCAAUCCCAAUAUUGGGUGGAAAAGCUUCAAGCGGCAAAUGCUGAGUAUGCGGGCUCAUAGUGAUUCAAAAGGAAUUGCACUCAAAAGACCAAAUGACUCCAUAUACUCAUUCCCAUGUCCAGAUUGCAUGUGCCACAUGAACAAAACAGAGGAUUCAAGAUCACCACCCGUGACAUGAUGUGCCCCGGGCCCCUGAAGCAUGGGUUUUGGAUGUGUUUCCGUUCCUGCAAUUUUGUGUGCAGAUGUAGCUGCUAACCUCUUAAUCGGAUUGUGAUUCCUUCAUUUUUUCGCUGGGAGAGGGCGAACACAUGUAUAUCUGCUUCAAGGAUUUGUUACAAGACAUCAAUCUGAUUAUUUAUUGAGCCGUUGUUGAGGAUGACUUCAUUUUUUUGUGCAUGAUGCCAGAAGAGAAUACAAAGAUUUUCUGUUGCUGAAGUUACCCAGGUGUUAAUUUUACGUCAAUGCAUGCAUGUCGUUGCAGCUGCUGCAUCUGAUACAUAGCAUAGCUUUGCACCCUGGUGUUACUCUGAUUGUAUUUUGUACAUUAGUUGGUUAGAUCUGUACGAAUAAAACUAUAGAAACAG